AGAGCGACGUUUAAGAAAUGCUCCUUGCAGAUUCUUUACUUUCACUCGUCAAUUGUUAAUACAUACAAUACACUCAUUCAACGCGACCAUGUAAAACUUUUGUCUUAUACGUCAAACAAAAGCAAGCUUAAAAAACGAACCAUGUUUCACGUACAUGCACGUCUAGGAAGUAAAAGUCGAUCUUCUCGAUCUUCAUGGAGGUCAAUUGGACAUACCUUAUGUAAAACUUUCCUCUCAUCAAAUGAUCAGAAACUAAUGUAUGAAGAAGAUAUUUCUCAACGCGUUGGAAUGAAAAGUCUUCCAAACCCUCGUUACAAUGAAGAAAACUGGAAAAGGGCAUUGGUUUAAUUUAGCAUUAUUUAUCGUUUCAUUUAUAACAAUCGGUAAUGCAGAAAAGCAUAAACGUGAAAUAUUCCGGGAACAAUUAUUACCAGCACUCGGAGGUAAAAUACCAGAGGAAGCUUUCAGAACUGAUCGUUUGGCUCUAAAUCGAUUGAACAAGGAAGGCAUUACAGUACCCGAUGGUGUUAUAUUAGAUGCUCGAAAUGUUCAUAAACAUUCACAACAUAUUCAAACAAUGCCAGAAGCAAUACAGGUGUAUUUAACACAAGAUGGACGAUACGUGCCACCAGAAGGACGCUUCCAGUACAAUCAUCCAAAAACAGUAGACACAACAUACGUGAUUCGCAAACCAUACUCCCAUCACAAACAUUCAAACAAUCACGCCAACAACAAACACCGAAAUAUCCCGAAAUCACAAGCUUACUCAAGUUUCAGACAAUUUGUACCACCCUCGAAACCAGGAGUGUACAAACCCAUUAUAACGCCUUCGUUGUUUCCCAAUGGCGAUUUGUUGGAACGAAUUUAUGUGCCAACGUGGAACAUUCAAUACGAUUGGGACACCGUUUAUCAACCGUUCGACGAUUACAUUGUCAACAACAUUGCAUUUUUCAACUCUCAUCAGAUCAUCGCCGAUUACCAAGGAUUCCUCAACAAGUUUCACGACAGAUCCUCCAGACACAUCGAAGUCCGCUCCAAAGACAAGAACCACAACGCUCCUCAAACUCGCGAUAAAGAACCGAAAAAUCCUAAUACGGAUUCUCAAACAGCAUUUCACCAAAGUCCUAGGGUAAAAGGAGAUUCGACUCGCUACACGAAUCUCACUGAAAUUCCGGAAACCGGUUUCACGUGCGAUGGCAGGAGAGGAUUGUUCGCCGAUGUUCAAACUAAGUGCCAAGUUUUCCAUAAUUGUUCUGGGUGGUCGAAAACGUCGUCGCUUUGUCCCGCAGGCACGGCAUUCAGUGAAGUUAAGAAACGUUGCGAAUGGUGGAACACGGUACAAUGCAAAUAAUAUAUAAGUACAUAGUAAAUUAUUAUCAGUGGUAAAUAUUAUGAUAGUACGUUUAUAACUUAUUAUAGAAGGGUGUGGAAGUGCCCUGGUGGACGAUAGACAUGUGCUUUGAACGCGCGAAAAAGGGAGGUAGACCUCAAAAUUUCAAACGGUAUCCACGUCGGCCUAUUAGUGUCUAAUUGUAAGAUACUAAUUUUUGGUAGUUUUCAUUAGAUGAAGUGGAGUGGUUAGAUUAAGGUUUAAAAAAAUUGUUAUAACUAUUGUUAGCGGACUUACUAGCAAGAGGUCAUCUACAAUAUGUCAGUAACUGGUGCUAGUAGACUUACAAGUAAAUAUUCGAAAUUAGGAAUUUGGAAAGGGAUUUGGGAGUUCAAGGAUUUGAAGG